AUGGAAGAAAGUGACGAAGAUUUUUCAAGCGACGAUUUGGACUUUGAUGAUAAUUGGCUACCAAACGAUGAUCCUAACUCAGAUACCGACUCGGAACAUGAAGAUUUGAACGCGGUUGAUGCGGAAAUUCUAGAAGGUGAUGAGGAAGAGAUGCUUGAAGAAACCGAGGAAUCACCAACCCUGAUUGAUACAAGUGACAAUGUACGCUGGAUGGAGUUUUCUUCCCGCCAAAAAACCUUUACUUUCACUGGAAAGUCCGGUUUCCUAAUAGACGUGCCUUCAACUAUAAGCUGCCUUGAAGCCUUUUAUCUUUUUGUUGAUGAGGAGGUUAUACAACUUAUAGUUUUGGAAACAAAUAGGUAUGCGGAGCAGCAAAUACAUCGCGUUCCAAUAACUCGUGCAUCAAGAAAGAAGAAAUGGGUUCCCACAAACACCACAGAGAUAAGAAAAUUCCUCGGGCUUUUACUGUGGAUGGGCCUCGUAAAGGUGGGAUUGUUGGAAGACUAUUGGUCGAAGAAAAAUCUUUACAAUUUUGGCAUUCCUGCUAGAACUAUGUCCAGAAAUCGGUUUCAACUUCUUCUAAACUUCAUUCAUUUUACUGACAACACGUCCAUAGCGGCAGGAGAUAGAAUUGGAAAACUAAAACCUCUUCUGGACAUGCUGCAGACGAAGUUUCAGAGGGUGAUUAUACCCGGAGAAAAUAUGGUCAUAGAUGAAACGGUAAUUCCUUGGAGAGGCAGGCUAGUCUUCCGACAAUAUAUACCAAACAAAGCCCAUCCUUAUGGUAUUAAGUUAUUCAAACUUUGCACGACAGAAGGAUUCACUUGGUCUACUAAAAUUUACUCCGGCAAAAGCUCAACAGGUGUUCGAGAAGUUGGUUUGGCAAAAAAUGUUUGUGAAGAACUAAGUUCUUUAUUGAAAGGAGAAGGUCGCACUCUAUUUGUUGACAAUUUUUAUACGAGCUACGAACUGGCACGCUCCAUGCUUGACCAAAAAACGCAUGUAGUUGGGACACUUCGAGCGAACAAAAAAUUCUGCCCAAAAGAGGUUAUGAAUGCACAGCUAAAGAGAGGAGAAAUGGUUGCACGUGAGGAAGAAAACGGCAUUGUUGUUCUAAAGUGGAAGGACACCCGAGAUGUCAGGAUGCUAUCGACAAAACAUGCUCCUGUUAUGGCUGCCGUAUCUGACCAAUCGAUUCCUGACCCAAAUAUUCCAUCCACCAGUAGAGGCAGGAGAAUAAACCGACGCCAGGGAAAUCGUGAAAAGCCUCUUGCUAUUAUUGAAUAUAACAAAGGCAAGUCGGGCAUUGAUCUAUCGGACCAAAUGGCUUCAUAUGCUACAACACUGAGAAGAGGUCUCAAGUGGUACAGAAAAGUUGCCAUUGAAUUUUUGCUGGGAAUGGCAGUUGAGGAGCGGCUGUUGCAUGAGCCAAGCCAAGCUAGACCAGGCCAAACGAAGCCAUACCAUCAAAGCCACUCUGAUGCCACCACCACGCCGCGCUGGCCGCCGCGCCGCUCCGGAUGCAUUCCAACAAAAAAACAAAACCAAACCAAACCAGUCACCGAUGGUAUUUCGCUCGGGACACAGAGCCAAUUCCGUUCAAUUAACGGAGGUAAUUUGCUCAAAUGA